CAUCGGCCAAAAUUUGACCGGUACACUUCACAAAAAGUAUACCGGUCAAACUACGUUAUCAUCCAAUUUAUUCCAGACUUCAAUGAAUUCACCUCCCGGAGAUUACCCGGUGUAGUUUCUGAGGUUGGAAAGUGUCGACAGAGGAGGAUCUGCGAGGGCUUGGCGUGUAGCGACCCGUGUCAGUAGAGGACAACUGGAGAUGCUGGAGAAUCCAUCCAAGGCACUACUUGACAAAGGGAAUGAUCCCCUUCACAAGGCGACAAGGCAGCUUGAGGACAAAACCAGUCACCUCGCACCACAUCAGCAGCAUGCCCCCACUGAUUUGGCCUCAAAAUUCAAGGCCAAGUUCCAGGAGAAUUGUACUAAGAGGAAGAAGUUCACCUAUCUUAGUACAGCCGGGCAGAGGGAGUCUGAGAACCUCACUCAGUUCCUUACCCGGUGGAAGGAAGAGGUAGACAAGGUGGAAGAGAUGGAUGACAAGACCGUCCUCUCCCUCCUCUUGAAUGGCUUGCGUGCUGGGGAACUAUACAAGGAGUUCUGCCGGAAACCCCCAGCCACGUACCAAGAGGCCUACCAUACUGCAUGGGAGUUUGCUGAAGCUGAAACCCAGCUCCGGGCAAAGAGAGAAGCUGAACAUGGUCACAAGCCCAAGCCGGUGCAAGUCAAGAAGGAAGAAGCACCGGGACCUAGCCAGCCAAGGCACCACUAUGACCCGGUCAUCCGAGUGGUCAAUACAGAAGAAUGCCAAGAAGUCCGGAAAGCACUGGUCAUUCCUCUUGAAAACCCUACCGGUCAAGUAGGGCGGCAGUGGUCGGGCACCUAUUGUUCAUACCACAGGUCUGAUUCCCAUAACACCUCCGAAUGCAAGAGUGUUAAAGGGGUCAUCCGGCAGAUGAUCGACAGUGGAGAGCUGGGCAAAGAUUACUUGCAGAAAGCCCAGGAGAAGAGUCAUCAGUGGGUUAGGCCAACUGCCCCAGGGAAUGACCGGGACAAUGACCGGCGGAGGAAUAACCGGCCAAGGGAGCAGCAACCUGCCCCCGAAAAGGAACACAUCGGCAUGAUCUUCGGCGGACCUGAGGGUGGAGAUUCAGCCGCGCAGCGGAAGAACUGGGUCCGGAGCAUUUACGUUGGAGAGGUAAGUGCUGAACCGCCCAGGCGUAAACAUACUAGGAGGGAGCCAAUCGUCUUUACUGAUCGGGAUCUCCCUCCUACCGGUGAAGAUCACAAUGAUCCAUUGGUCAUCACCAUGGACAUUAAUGGGGUAGAUGUCGCCCGGGUACUUGUUGAUACCGGUAGCAGUGUCAACAUCUUAUACCUGGAGACCUUCCAAAAACUCAGGUUGUGUCGAACACAACUUGAACCCCUCAAAACCCCUCUCUCAGGCUUCACGGGGGAUACCGUUGAAGCUGAAGGAUCCAUAGUUCUACCGGUCGAACUAGGAUCAGGUGAAAAGACCGUGUGGAAGAAGAUGCGGUUCAUAGUUGUGGACAUCAAAUGCGUCCACAACGCAAUCCUAGGAAGGCCAGGCAUCAAUAAAGUCGGGGCGGUGAUUUCCAUGCCUCAUCUAUGCAUGAAGUUCCACACUCCAGGUGGUGUGGGUGAGGUGAAGGGCGACCAGAGGAACGCCCGGGAAUGCUAUGCCCGGGCAGUCAAGAAAAUGACCAGGGGGGUCAAUGUCAUCUCCCAAGAGAUCACAAAGGGAGAGACCUGGGAGAAACUGGAACCCGAGGCUGAGACGGUGGAAAUCGAACUUCACCCGGGUGAUUCUUUGAGGAUGGUCAGAAUUGGAGCAAAUCUCCCCGAGGAUCUCAAGGAGCAGAUUACACGGGUCCUCCAAGAAUACGCGGGCAUAUUCUCAUGGAGCGUGGCGGAUAUGCCCGGGAUAGAUCGCUCUGUUAUCUGCCACCGGUUGGCUCUGAGGGAGGGAAGUCGACCGGAAACAAUCCGGGAAUCAAGGAUGCCCAUCGAAGCUGAAUUCCCAACAUUCCGGGUGACACCCAGGAGGGCUCAUGGGGAAACUCCAUUCUCCAUAACCUAUGGAUGUGAAGCAAGGAUGCCCAUCGAAGCUGAAUUCCCAACAUUCCGGGAAUCAAACUAUCAACCCCAGCGGAAUGAGAAAGACCACUUGGCCGAACUCAACUUGGUCGAAGAGCGGAGAAUGGCCGCGGAAGUUAAAAUGAGCACAUACCAACAAGUUGUGAAGAAGUACCUUGACAACAGGGUUGGGCCACGGUACUUCCAAGUUGGGGAUGAUGUCCUGCGAAGAAGAGAAGCAAGUAGACCCGGCGACGGAGGAAAGCUAGCAAAAAACUGGGAAGGCCCAUAUAGGGUUAGAGCCAUCAUUCGCCCGGGGACCUACCGGUUAGAAACUCUUGAAGGGGUACCGGUGGAAAGAACCUGGAAUUCCCAUCAUCUUCGCAAGUUCUACAAAUGAUUGUAAUACUAGGCAAGGCCUACUUUAUUAUCAAUCAAACCGAUGAUGUUCAAUACUCUAUUUGGUAGCGGCAGGAAUGAUAGGUC